CGAGUAUAAAAUCCCUGAAGAAGACAAAUGAGAGCCAGCGCGCGCGCGAGCGAGAGAGAGAGAGAGAGAGAGGAGGAGCUCACUGUUAGUGGUUUGACGGCUGAUGGGAGAAUCGAGCAGCUCGGUUUCCAUUGACGUGGAAAGAAUCUGGUUCGGCGGCAAGGAACACAUUGUACAAACAAGCUAUGGUUCUGUUUCAGUGGCUGUGUUUGGUGAUCAAGAAAAACCUGCUCUUGUAACUUAUCCUGAUGUAGCGUUAAACUAUAUGUCAUGCUUUCAAGGAUUAUUUUUUUGCCCAGAAGCUGCUUCUUUGCUUCUUCAUAAUUUUUGUAUAUAUCAUAUCAGCCCUCCUGGACAUGAGUUGGGAGCUGGUCCUAUUUCUUCAGAUGUGCCACUGCCUUCUGUCGAUGACCUGGCAGAUCAGGUUGCAGAAGUUCUCGAUUUCUUUCGGUUAAAAGCUGUGAUGUGCAUGGGUGUCACUGCUGGUGCUUACAUCCUUACUCUUUUCGCUUCAAGAUAUCGAGACCGCGUUAUUGGUUUGAUUCUUGUCUCACCAUUAUGUAAAACCCCUUCUUGGACCCAAUGGCUCUACACCAAGGUGAUGUCUAAUUUGCUCUACUUCUAUGGGAUGUGUGGACUAGCAAAAGAAUUCUUACUUCAGAGAUACUUUAGUAAGGAAGUUCGUGGCAGCACACAAUUCCUUGAGUCGGAUAUAGUCCAAGCCUGCAGAAGUCUGCUAGAUGAAAGGCGAGUUGUAAAUGUCUGGCGAUUUCUUGAGACAAUGAAUGGUCUUAUUAACAGGAGACAUGACUUGACUAAAGAUUUGAAGAACCUGCAGUGCAGGACAUUGAUAUUUGUCGGUGAUAGCUCUCCUUUCCACUCUGAUGCCCUCCACAUGAUCUCCAAGCUUGACAGAAGAUACAGUGUCCUUGUUGAGGUCCAGGAGUGCGGAUCUGUAGUUACAGAGGAGCAACCACACGCAAUGCUGAUUCCCAUGGAGUAUUUCUUCAUGGGUUACGGUCUUUACAGGCCAUGCAAUCCAAAUUCAAGCCCUCGCAGCCCUCUCAGCCCUUCCUGCAUUUCUCCGGAGAUGCUCUCUCCUGAGAGUAUGGGCGUUAAGCUGAAGCCUAUCAGGACCAGAAUACUUUAAAAUGUUGAUUGUGAUGGGUAGGUGGCCUUUAGCAUCCGAGAACUGUCUGUAUUUGGGCAAAUUAUUAGGCCCGGUCACCUGAUACAGAGAUACAUCCAGAUUUGUUUUUGUCUGCAGUCAAAGCACAGUUAAAACGUAGUUACUGUAGCAGCUGCGCUUUGACUGCGUUUUUACUGUAGGCAGAGAGAAAUCCGAAUGUAUCUCUCUGUAAGGUAACUGGACCUAAUAAUUUCCCUGGUAUUUGAUGAAUCUAUUUGGUUGGUGGGGUGUAGAUAUAUACAUAGCAAGACAUUUUCAGAGGACUUUUUAUUUUUUUUUUCAAAUUCGUUUGUAAACUUUGAGCUUUUUUAUUAUUAAAAAAGUUUAAUAAACUGUCUUAUAUUUCUGUUA